CCUGGAUGUAGGAGGCCUGGCCGAGAGGCGAGGACCGAGGGUGACAUCGCCCAUCCCUGAGCUGGGCGAGGACGGGGACCCCCCCGCGCCCCCCCAGGCUCCGGGGGCACCAUGAAGGACCGGCUGGAGCAGCUCAAGGCGAAGCAGGAUGCGGACGAUGAGGAGGAGCUGGAGAUCGCCGUGGACAACACGGCCUUCAUGGAUGAGUUCUUCUCGGAGAUUGAAGAGACCCGGCAGAACAUCGACAAGAUCUCGGACAAUGUGGAGGAAGCCAAGAAGCUCUACAGCAUCAUCCUCUCAGCCCCCAUCCCAGAGCAGAAGACCAAAGAUGACCUGGAGCAGCUGACGGCAGAGAUCAAGAAAAUGGCCAACAGCGUCCGUAACAAGCUGAAGAGCAUGGAGAGGAACAUCGAGCAGGACGAGGCACGAUCCUCUGCCGACCUCCGGAUACGCAAGUCCCAGCACUCGGUCCUGUCCCGCAAGUUCGUGGAUGUCAUGACCAAGUACAACGAGGCGCAGGUGGAUUUCCGGGAGCGGAGCAAGGGCCGGAUCCAGCGCCAGCUGGAAAUCACCGGCAAGAACACGACAGACGAGGAGCUGGAGGAGAUGCUGGAGAGUGGGAACCCCUCCAUCUUCACCUCAGGAAUCAUGGACUCGCAGAUCUCGAAGCAGGCGCUGAGCGAGAUCGAGGGGCGGCACAAGGACAUCGUGCGCCUGGAGAGCAGCAUCAAGGAGCUCCACGACAUGUUCGUGGACAUUGCCAUGCUGGUGGAGAAUCAGGGAGCCAUGAUCGACCGCAUAGAGAACAACAUGGACCAGUCCGUGGGAUUCGUGGAACGGGCUGUGGCUGACACCAAAAAGGCUGUGAAGUACCAAAGUGAGGCCAGGAGGACGCUCCCGACCAUCCCAGCGAUGUCAUCUCCCGGCGGGAUCCUCCCUGGCUCUGAUCCUGGACCCCUCCUCUCCCUGCUCCUCCCGGACCUGCUGCUCCCAGCCCUCCGUGUCCCGGUUCCCGCCGCUGGCUCCACCACCGCCGCCUUUCCCACCCAUCCUGCUGAUCCCUGGGAUCUGCCCCUCAUGUCCCCAUGGAACGGGACAGGAUUCCAUCCUGGGGACGCAGCGAGGGGUGACAAGGACACAAAUCCGAGGGCUGGACGCUCACCCGCGCGGGCAUCCCGGUGGAACGAGGGCGGGAAUGGGGACAGGACACGAGGUUUAGUGGCACCAGCGUGGUUUGUUGUCACCGUGCUGUGACAGACGGAGCUGUCAGGGUCCCUGUCCCCUCUUGGCUUCGAUGUCCGGGCGGGAGGAUGUAUUGAUCAUGGAUUAUUUAACUCCCGCUGUAAUAAAAUCCCGCUGAUCCCGC